ACGACAAACACAAGUAGUUGAAUUUUGAAACAUAUAUAAAUAAAUGGGAACAAAUGUCAAAUUCUCACCGAGACCAAACCAGCGCUCAACAGAAUCAGCUGGAAAUUUCUGGAAUUAAAAUAUCUUCCGCAUUUGUAAACAAUUCUCUUAUUUAUCGUUCAUUAUUUUGAUUCCUCGCCGUACUAAUCAGCUUACAGAGUAGGGAUUGGAUUAGAAGCAAUCUGAGGUUGCAAUCGAGGUUCAUUUUGUUCACUUCUGGCAGCAUUUGGAUUUUGGUGGGCUGCACAGAUGGCAGAGGCUCAUCAUCCGACUACCAGUGCACCGGAGAGCUCGCCUUCCUCGCGGAGCGACGGCAGUGGAGCUGUUGAUUUUGAAUGUAACAUUUGUUUCGAUUUAGCGCAGGAUCCGGUGAUUACACUCUGUGGGCAUCUAUAUUGCUGGCCAUGCCUAUAUAGAUGGCUAAAAGGUCACUCUCAGUCCCAUGAAUGCCCUGUUUGCAAGGCCCUGGUAGAUGAGGAGAAGGUGAUUCCGCUUUACGGCAGAGGGAAAACCCCAGUUGAUCCAAGAUUGAAACCUGUGCCGGGCAUCGAAAUCCCUAAUAGACCAGCAGGGCAGAGACCUGAAACAGCGCGAUUUUCAGAUAAUAAUCUUGCUAGUCUUAUUAUGGGACUCAUGGGAGGAUUUGUACCAGUUGCAUCUGCAACUUUCAGCAACUUUGGAAUGUCUGCUGGUUUCGGAGGGCUAGUCUUCCCCCUUUUCAGUAUCCAGCUUCAUGGGUUCUCAAAUGCAAAUGGUCAUGGUGGAUCAUCAGGGUAUAAUUAUGGCUACGCUGGUUCUUUCCGUGAUAGUGAAGGCCGAUUGAAUCGAGAGGCUAGUCAAGCUGCACAGGCAGAUGAUGAGAAUCUGAAGAAGAUUCUCCUUGUGGUCCUUCUCUUGGUAUUGUUUGCUUUUUUGACAAUGUAAAAAACUUAUCUGCCCAAACAUUGUGCAGAAGAAUUUGAAAGUCCUCAGUGCCAGUUCUUUGUCAUGGCAUGUGCAUGCUUAAUAUUUGUAUACUCUGUAAAUUAAUUUUAAAUCUGAAUGAAUUUCCAUUUCAUUUUAAAA